CCUAUUUUCUGCUCCGCUGGAGCUUUAAGCUUGUCUCGACCUGUUUGAAGACCAGGAAGUUGAUAAAUCGCGAGGACCUCUGCUGAGAGACGGUGGCUCGGGUGGGACAAUCGCCAGGGAUGGCGGAGCGUGAGCAUGGAGCGGGUGUCCGGGCUGCUCUCCUGGACGCUGAGCAGAGUCCUGUGGCUCUCCCGCCUCUUUGAGCGGGGAGCUGCCCGGCAGCCCCGGAUCAUGGAAGAAAAAGCGCUAGAGGUUUAUGAUUUGAUUCGGACCAUCCGGGAUCCAGAGAAGCCCAAUACCUUAGAAGAACUGGAAGUGGUAACGGAAAGUAGUGUGGAGGUUGAGGAGAUAAACGAAGAAGACUAUUUGGUUAUUAUCAGGUUCACGCCAACAGUACCUCACUGCUCUUUGGCAACCCUUAUCGGGCUGUGCUUAAGAGUAAAACUUCAGCGGUGUUUACCAUUUAAACAUAAGUUGGAAAUCUAUAUUUCUGAAGGAACCCACUCAACAGAGGAAGACAUCAACAAGCAGAUAAAUGACAAAGAGCGAGUGGCAGCUGCAAUGGAAAACCCCAAUUUACGGGAAAUCGUGGAACAGUGUGUCCUUGAACCUGACUGACAGCUGUUUUAAGAGCCACUUAACUUUAAUUGUUUGAUAUAUUUGUUUAAAUUCUUUGUAAAAUGUAUAAGACUCAUGUUUAAUACAUAGGUGAUUUGUACCUCAAAGCAUUUUUUUAAUGGAUGAUUUGUAAGGAAGAUUUAAUUAUAUGUAAUACCUAGUUUGUUCAGUGUAUAAUAUACUCAGGAUUUGUAACACUUAAAUGAUCAGACAGAAGAAUAUUUUCUAAUUAUUAUGUGUCAGACGAGUUGCUAUUUUUCUGAUGCCUCUUCUGGUACAACUACUUUUCAUGUCAAAUAUUUACUGUGUCCAAAUGGAUUCCAUUUAAAUCAUUACUCUGUAGAAUAAAUAAAACAGCGAUGAUUCUUGUAAUGACAUACUUUAGAAAGUUUUUAUUGAAUUAUAAAUUUUAGUAUUAAUGUCAACUCUAAAAGAAAUUUGCAAAGCUUUGUUUUGUUAUUAUUAUGUAGAAUCAGCAAUCUGAGAACUAGAGAAACCCUUAAAAUCAAGCCUAGGCCCUGCCUUCCUUCAAGGAGAGUAUGGGACCCAUUUGUAGAUGAGGAAGAAACGUGGAGAGGGCCAGAUAU